AUGAGCGACAACGCCUCGAUCCGCCAGACCGAAGCUAGCACCGGCCAAGCUUCUUCCGAGGAUCGCGAACUAGCCCUGGCGCUCAAGAGCUAUGAACCGGACACAGAAGAUGAGAGGAGGCUGGUGCGAAAGAUUGAUUUCAUCCUGCUACCGUGCCUGUGGUGGAUGUACAUUUUGGCGUAUCUGGACAAGGGCAACAUCGUAGGUUCCCCCCCUCAACUACUGGCUGGCAAUGUCUCGCGCUGACAAUUGCCUCGUGGAAUGUAGGCAAACGCCAACGCUGCUGGCCUAAGCGAAGAUCUGGGUCUAUCUGACAAUGGUAAAUAGCCCCAACCCAGCAGAAGCUGAACCUGAGCUACCGAGGUCGUUUACUUACACCGAAAUGGCUAGAAUACUCCCUGUUCAUCUCCGUCUUCUUCGUGGGGUACUUCCUCCUCGAGGUACCUUCCAACUUGGUCAUGGUCAGGAUAAGACCUUCUAUCUACCUGUCCAUUAUCGUGUUUAUAUGGGGUUGCAUCGUCACGGGCAUGUCCCAGGCAAAAUCACUGAAGGAGUUCCUCGUGGGACGAUUCUUUUUGGGCUGCGCGGAAGCUGGAAUGUUUCCUGGCGCCUUGUACGUCCUGACAUGUUGGUACACUAAGAAGGAAGUCGGUACGUUACGAGAACCAACAUGAUGAUCCCAAGGAGCUUUCUAACUUGACCUCUAGGCAAACGCUUUUGCAUCUUUUACACUUCAGGAUGCAUAGCUCCUGCCCUCGGGGGAAUCAUGGCCGGCGCCAUCAUCAAGAGUCUCGACGGGGCUAGAGGCAUGGCCGGAUGGAGAUGGCUCCUGUUAGUUGAAGGCCUCAUCACCGUCUUUUGCUCCGGUUGUCUCUUCUUCCUCAUCCCCGACUACCCCCACAAUACGCGGCGGUUCAAGCCGGAUGAGCGGCGUCUGGCCCAUGUUCGCAUGAUGUACGAUCAAAAGGUCAACGUAGUACUGGAGAACAGUACCCUGACCGCCUUCCAGGCGUUGAAAGCCGUGGUAGCCGACCCAAAGACGUGGCUGUUCUUGGUGCUGUACAACCUGAACGGGACCUGCACCACCAUUUCCUACUUCAUCCCUACCAUUCUGAAGACUCUGGGGUACACCAAGGUGUCGGCACAAUGGAUGACAGUUCCCAUCUACAUUACGGGAGCUGUGUCGAUGCUCAUCUUCUCGUAUACCUCAGACAAAAUGCAGGACCGCCGCUGGCAUCUGUCUCUUUUACACCUGGCCCCAGUGACGGCAUGCUUGGUCUCCUUGUUCGUCACCAACGCUGUGGUCAAGUACAUUAUGAUGUGCCUCUUCGUCGGCGGGUUGUAUACCGCCCUUCCCCUCAUCCUCAACUGGGCAAGUGAGUGCAUCUCCUUCCCGAACAAGAAGCGGUCCGUGGCCAUCGCCUUCAUCAACACAUUCUGCAACCUGUCGAUGCUCUACGGGAGUUUUCUGUGGCCGAGUGCCGAUGCACCCCGCCACGUCCUGGGGUUCGCCACCAUGUGUGCGUUCACCGGUGCUGCAUCCAUCCUGGCGGCCGUGAUGCCGCUCAUUUUCCCGUAUCUGCCCAAGCAGCCUAGGACUAAGGCGGAGAGAGAUAUUCUAGCUCUGGCGGCGAGCGAGAGCCAGACCUCUAUUGA